AUGGAUGCUACCAGCAAUCUGUCGCUGAACUGCGAAAACCUCGCCCGCCUUGACCAAGGAGCCCCUUCUCCAACCCCUAGCACGAUCGACGAUGUCCAUGACCUUUUAUGCUCAAUCGAGAGUAAAUUACGCGCUCUGAAGCAUCUCGGGCAAGCAGGCAAGGAAGUUCUCCGUAAAUCUAUUUGUUUUCUGCAAGAUGACGAAGUUCGAUGUAUCGACAACGAUUGUAAACUCAAUAACGUCGAUUUUUUGAAGGCCCAGUUGGACUUUUUGAGUGGUGAGCACAAGAAUGCAUACCAGACAAUAGUCGAGCAAAAACUACUGUACUUCGACAAGGUGGCACAAACCACAGAAGAUAGGCACGUGGAAUAUGCAAAUAAUUUUCGAAGAGCAGAUGUAGCAUCCUGGGUGCAAGUGACGAACAAAGUCCCCCCGACCAAAAAUGACUCAAAGAGAAAGCGCAGCGAGGAUGCAUCGAAAUCAAACACACAGAACGUGGCCACGCGGCGUUCUCCCCGGCACAGGCCAGAACCUCAAACGAGGAGAGCUCCUAGGGAAGGAAAGCCUCGUCACCCCCGAGGCAACAUGCCAUCACUACAGAAUACGGGGACAAAGUCCUCCUCCAUGGGGAGCAUUAUAGAGGACGGAGUGAGGAAGAGUGCGCGUAUAGCCGCGAAAAGUUCUAUGUAG